AUGAAUAGAUUGAUCCUUUUGAGUAUUAUCAUGCUCAUGCCUCUCUGUUUGGCUCAAGAUAUAAGUGUAGAAAAACUCCUUGCCUAUAAUAAAUGGUCAAGCUAACAUCAAAGAGUUUAUCUGAAUGAACAUGAAAAACUAUUUAGAUAAAUGGUUUUCUUUGAGAACUUGUAAAAGGUUAAGGAGCAUAACAGUAAUCCUAAUAACACCUAUUCUAUCGGUUUAAACUUAUUCUCAGAUAUGACUAAACAAGAAUUUGCUGAAAAAAUUCUUAUGAAAUAGGAUUUGGUUGACCAUUAUAUGAAAAGUAUCAGUUAAAAGGAAACUCAUAAUGAUGUUAAUAUCGAAACUUAAUUGAAUUCAAAAAACCUUACUUUAGCUACUUCAAUAGACUGGAGAACAUAAGGUGCUGUAACGUCAGUUAAAUACUAAGGUAACUGUGGUUCGUGCUGGAGUUUCGCUGGAGCUGCCUUAAUGGAAUCAUUUAACUUCAUUUAAAACAAAGUUUUAGUUGAUUUUUCUGAGCAAUAACUUGUUGAUUGUGUCAUAUCUGCAAAUGGUUACUAGUCUGAAGGAUGUAACGGAGGGUUUUCUUUUGAAACUCUGGAUUAUGCCUCUAAAGUAGGUAUCACUACCCUAGACAAUUAUCCCUAUGUUGAAGUUUAGAAAAAAUGUAAUAUGACUGGCACAAAUAAUGGCUUUAAGCCUAAAUAGUGGAUUUAAGUUCCAAGCACUUCAAAUGACUUAAAACAUGCUUUGAAUUUCUCUCCUGUUUCUGUUUAUGUUAAUGCUUACAAUUGGGUUAGUUAUUAGUCUGGAAUUUACAACGGAAGUGAUUAAUCUAAUAUUGUAUUUAAUCAUGAAGUAUUAGCUGUUGGCUAUGAUGAACAAGGGAACUGGAUUGUUAAAAAUUCUUGGGGCCCCUUUUGGGGUGAACAUGGCUAUAUGAGACUUGCUCCUAACAACACAUGUGGUAUCUUAAACCAUAUUUAUUAAGUUACUGCUUGA